UCCAGAUAGACAAAAGACACAAGGCACCUUUUCAGUUCAGUUUGGCUAUUUAAAGCUAGAGGCUUGUUUUUCCCACUCAGCUGUAGAGCGAACAAGCGACGGCAACAUGCCCUACUAUGCGGUGCGGAAGGGCAGACAGACGGGCGUGUAUCGCACCUGGGAAGAAUGUAAAGAGCAAGUUGACAAGUACCAGUAUGCUAGUUUCAAAAAAUUUUCUGCAGAGGAAGAUGCCUGGGACUUUGUAGAUAGUGGAUCAUCACACUCAGCAAGCACAUUGGUGGGAGAUGCAAAGAAUGCAGAUGCAUCACUACCUGGUGACUCAGCAGCUGUUACUAAAGGUUUCCACAGUACAGCUGAUGAAAGACCGAGAAAUCAUACUGAUAAUAAGACUACAUUCUGGUCAGGUUAUAGCUCGUACAAGAGACGGGAUGAAGAACCCCCAGAAAGCCAGCGAAGCAGAAAAUGUACAAAAUACACGGAAGUGCCUCACACACCUUCAGGGAACAAUCUGUCAUACAUGGGAGACUAUGCAGUUGUUUAUACUGAUGGAUGUUGUUCAAGUAAUGGGCGUCGUGGAGCACGUGCGGGUACAGGUGUCUAUUGGGGACCUAGUCAUCCUCUAAAUAGUAGUGAGAGACUUCCUGGACGGCAGACUAACCAAAGAGCUGAAAUACAUGCAGCUUGCAAAGCUAUAGAGCAAGCGAAGAGCCAAAACAUCAAGAAAUUGGCUGUCUAUACUGACAGCAAGUUCACCAUUAAUGGUAUAACAAACUGGGUUCCAAACUGGAAAAAAAAUGGUUGGCGAACCAGCACAGGGAAAGAUGUGAUUAACAAAGAGGACUUUGAAAAACUUGCUAAGCUUUCAGAAGGCAUGGACAUCCAGUGGAUGCAUGUUCCAGGUCAUACGGGAUUUAUGGGAAACGAAGCAGCUGACCAUCUAGCAAAAGAGGGGGCUGGGAAACACCAGUCAUAAUAUUUUGGAACCGCAGAGUUCAUUUUGAGUUCUCUGGCAGCGAUAAUAAUAUGGGCUUGUUAACCUGUGACAACAUUUCUAGUUAACACAAGUUUUUGUUGCACCUCUGCCCAGUUUGGUUGGCAUUCAGAAGACUUUUCCUGCUCUGAAGAGGUACUUUCAAAGUUAUAACUGAAAUCAAUUCCAGUUCUGUGGGAAUUGAAGUAUCUCAUGUUUUCGGCAGCAGAAUGCAUAAUAUAUUGUAGACAUGAGAGUUGGUGUUAAAUUUUGUCAAGCUAGCUAUUCGAGAAGUGUUAAAAUAUACCGAUAGGGAAACAGUUGGUUUGCUGGUUGAAUGUAUGUUUUCCUAUCGAACUCCAAUAAAGAUUUUUGUUUUUACUGUCA